AUGAGCCGCACAGCACAUUCUUCGCCUGAUUCAGAACACACCAAAGAUCCGGGAGCGAACAAGUGGAUCGAUUAUGCCACACGCCAAAGCCAAGAAAACGAGCCGAGAUUACAAGCUUCACCAUCGUCGUCCUUGCCGCCACCACGACUAUCGGAAUCGCGCUCAUUCAGCCAUGAACAACAAUAUCGGCCGUUUCUCGAUGGCAACAAGGGUUGCCAUGUUAUGAACGACAAGAGCAAUAGCACGACGACACGACAACCAAGUUAUCAACCCAAUUUAUGCCAUGCGAAUAUCGUCAAACCACGCGAGUUAUCCGAUCACCCACUCUGUUUUUGCGGCAAAAUAGCGAGUGAAAGAAAGGCAAAGAAGGAAGGGGAUAUUACAGUAUACGAGUGUGGAUACAAUCAGCAUCAAGGAUUGACUAGCAGCAUUGUUAUAUGCACUUUUCAUAUGCACAAAGGACCAUGGCUAAAGUAUCAAUGGCGAAUGAGGAAGGAACGACCCGUGUUUCAAGACGACGACGACCUUUCAUCAUGUGACAUGUUCAACUAUACUUUUUGCGUCCUGUUUCAAGCACACAACACUUUCCCUUUGCGUCCAUUACGUACGCCUCUUUGCUAUUGCAAUGUGCCAGCUGAAGUAUACAGCUGCGUGGAAAUGGAUCAUCGCUAUUUUGCUGGAUGCCAUACAGACUUGAAGUGCCUUUGGACUUUGCCUGCUGAAGACAUUCGUGUGCUUCGUAUCCCUUGGAUCAACAAUCAACUAUCUCAACCUUCCUUGGUAGCCACUGAAGAAGAUGCACUAAUUUAUACAAAGAAGGGAUCCCCUGUGAUGCGUGCUGGUGGUGAUCUCAACUUGCUACCAACAACCGGUGGUGGUGCCGAUAUUCUCAGGUUACUCCAAAAGACCAAAGUCUCUUCAGGUGAUGACAAUGACAACAAGGAGCCACCUUUCAAUGGUGAGAAUGAUAUUCUCAAGUUGCUUCAAGAAACCAAGCUUUCUCCCGACAACCCCUCGCUUAGUGCUGAUGAUAGUGACAGUAAGAAUGAUGACGUCGGUCACACAACACACAACAACGAUAACGAUGACAACAACAACAGCAUCACCACCAACACAACAACAUCGCCCAAUAUGGCAUCCAUGUCACCAGGUGGCACAACCAGCUACGUUGAGAGCAACUCUGGAUUGGAAGGAUUACGACGCCGAUUGGAGCAACUUCAAAAAAAAGUACAACGAGUGAGAAUGGAGAAUCAGCGUUAUCGAGAUCAAUGUUCUGAUACCGCAGCGAGUGAAAGUGACAAUGACACCAUGACAUUGACGCACGUGCCUUGCCGGACAAAUGAAACGGUAAAAGCCGCCGACUUGCAUGACAGCCCACCUACCCCACACAUGGCUGACGACCUUCCUCAAGAGGAAGACCUGGGAAUUAAUGCAGAUCAACAAUCAUCAUUGACAACAAAUAUCGAGAAACAACAUCGCACAAUGCUCCUUCAGAGUUUAAUGCUACCUUUGGACAUGGCUGAUGAAAAUAUACUUGGUCAUACUACUCAGCAAAUGAAGAGUGAUACCGAAGCAAAAAAAGGAGAUGGACAAUAA